AUGUGGGGUUCUUAUAUCUUGCCGCUCGCUGCUCUGGCUGCUUUGCCAUGCGCCAAUGCUAUUACGCUUCACAGGCGGGACGAUCCCGCUGUCUUUUCGCUCCCGGUUACUCGUAGUGAUCGAUCCCAUGCAUUGCAGAAACGCAGUUCCAAGACUGCUAGCACAUCAUUGUACAAUGUGGAAAAUAUGUACUAUAUGGUGAAUAUCACCCUCGGCACACCACCUCAAAACCUUUCCCUCAGUCUCGAUACCGGUAGCAGUGAUAUCUGGGUUAAUGUCCCAAAUUCCACCUACUGUGCAGCAGAUGGUGAUGUCUGCUCCUCAACCGGCUUGUUCAGUCUCAGCGACUCCUCCACUUUCAAAUUGCUGGAUUAUUAUAUGAAUGCCACCUAUGUCAGCGGCACUUUGGCUGUAGGUCCAUACGCCACCGACACUCUGACAAUUGGAGGUGUGACCGUGAAGGACAUGGAGUUUGCGCUCGCUGAAACAAGUAGCAAUCCCCAUGGUAUUCUGGGGAUCGCAUAUGCUUCAAGUACUUUUUCUGCUUCUGAGGAUGGCAAGAAUUAUUCGAACCUCCCAGAGGCCCUGGUCAGCAGCGGUGCUAUCAACUCCGCUGCCUUUAGUCUGUGGUUGAACAAGUUCGACGGGACCGGAAACCUCCUCUUCGGAGGUGUCAACAAAGCGAGAUAUCAAGGCGAGCUUCAGACUGUGCCUGUCCUGAAGUCAGAUGGCGAGUAUUACUCCCUGACCAUCGCCUUGACCGAUGUUUCACUGAAGAGCUCCAGUAGCACUAAGAGCUACACAAGUGGUCUUCCCUUGGCAGUCACUUUGGAUAACGGCAGUCCUUUCAUUGCGCUUCCCGAAGAUCUGGUGAAACCCAUUUUCAAGAAACUUGGAGCGGGAUAUAAUGAGACAGAUGGAUUCGGCUAUAUUCCCUGCAGUAUGUCGACAUCCGAUUCCAACUUGACGUUCAGCUUCUCGGGUGCUACAGUCAAUAUUCCCGUCAGCGAACUGGUCUAUGAAAACUAUGUCGAGCCCGGGUUCCCUACGGACGACUGUAUCUUCGGACUUGUCUACGGUGAGCCUGGAGUGAGUCUCAUGGGUGAUCCGUUCUUGCGUGGAGCCUACGUGGUCUACGAUCUUGCCAACAAUGAGAUUUCGCUUGCGAAUACCAACUACGACGGUGGUGAUGACGAUAUUGUUGAGAUUGGUACGGGAACAACUGCUGUUCCUGGCGCGACUUUGAUGCCCUCGCCUGUGACCUCGGCGACGGGUAAUGGACCCCAGGCCACUGGAGCUUCUAAGGGAGUGGCGGCAAUGCCUACUACUAACCCCAACCAUAUCCUGCCCGGUCUCUUGGGUGCUGGUUUGUUGCUUGCAUUAUAA